AUGGAGGAACUUUGUUACAGCUUCGAGCAGGAAGACUCCAUGUCUGAAUUUCUCUUCUGGGACCAGACGGAUCCCAACGCUCAGCUGGAUUACUUCUUACUGGAGUGUUCCUCCCUGGCAGACCAGUUCUCCACCCGGCCCUCCCCUGCUUGCCCACCCUCCCUGGGGCAGCCGGCGGGCGGAGCGGCGGGGGGUGCUGAACUGGACAGCUCCCCCGGCCACAGCCACCAGCGGCGGGCAGCCAACGUCCGCGAGAGGAAGAGGAUGCUCAACAUCAACCAGGCCUUUGAUGAGCUCAGGUGCCACGUACCAACCUUCCCGUAUGAGAAGCGCCUCUCCAAAAUCGACACGCUCCGGCUGGCCAUUGCCUACAUCGCUCUCCUUGGCGAGAUUCUCCUCUCUGGAUGCCAUCCCAAAGCCUACGUGGAGCAGUGCCUGAAGAACGGGUUGCAAAGCGAACAGCAGGCAACCUGGAAUACAAGUGGUGAGUGA